AUGAAUAUCCUCAAAGAUUCUCUAUUUUCUUCGUCAAAUUCGCGAAAAGCGAAAAGAUCUGGUCAAAAUCGUUCGAAUAGUUAUGAAUUUCGGCAAGCAAAUAAUUCAUUAACAGAUCCACUAUUAUACACAUUCGAUAAUAAUGAUAUUGAACUCGGUACAAUCGAUUCCGAUGAAGAAUCUCAAGCAGCUAAUCAACAGAUUUUACGCACUCGACAUUCUCGGCAAACAUAUAAACCAGCCGCACACGGUGGUGGAUCGAUUGUCAUUGUCGAAAAACCGAUAUUACCCAACGAAACCAUUCAAGCAUUCUCUAUUCGAUAUCGUGUACCCAUUUCGCAAUUGCGACGUUUAAACAAUCUGCAAAGUGACCAAGACUUUUAUGCUUUGACACAUUGUCGAAUACCAGUCCAACGUUUCGGAUUACUUCAUGAUGCAUCGUCAUCGACGAUUGUUGAUGUGAACGAACAGUCGUCCAUCUCAUUACCUGUUACACAUCUAUCUCAGCAAAAUCACCAUGCGUUUCUCAGUGCUAUGGAUCAAGAUCUGGCAUUAAUGCGUACCAAAGUUGAACAGUUACUCGAUGCACCAUCAACAGCAACAACAACUCCAGCAGCUAUCUCCAAUGCUUUAACAUCCUAUUCAACAUCAGAGCGAAUGCUAAAACCAACAAAAACGGCAACUAGUGAACUGAACUGUGAUGGUGCUGAUUGUGGUUGUCAUCUUUGGCAUAUUAUUCUGAUUAUCGUAUUCAUUGCUCUUAUACCACUUAUUUUCGCUUAUUUUUAUAUCAAAUCUGAUCAUCAUCAUAAGAUAUAA